AUGUCUCAUAAUUUACUCCUUGUUUAUAGAAAACAACAAAACGGGGAGUCUGCGGUAUUCGAUGAGUCGUUAGUUGCGGAUGGGGUGAACAAAAAUUCCUACAGACUUCACGACAUUUCCAUGGAUGACAUGGCGGUCAGUUACGAUCGGGACCGCUUGGCAACAAUGCUCCCGCCUAGACCUCCUACAGCCAGGCCUUUGGAGAAAAGUCUUGAGACUCUAUAUCGUGACUUGAAGAUCGUUGGGAGACUGGACAAGGGGACAAGUCUCUUAACGAUACCGUACUCUCCCGCCCAUCAGAAAAACGAACUCGAGCAUAUGCGGGAUUCACAUUUUUUAGUUCCACUUGUUCAACCAAAUCGUCAUUUUUGUGCGAACGAACGAAUUUCCGCAGAAAAGCAUGUUUUGAUUCGCACAACCAGGGGAGGGAAAUCGGAUCAAGAGUCCAUUCACGAUCAACCGUUACCUUCAUACAACAGACCGAACACGACUCACCCUCAUACAAGGAAUAUCAGGAAAUCAGACCCUGUUAACAGAUACUAUCAAUACAGAGACGUAUGGAAUUCAAUAAAAGCUCCCGGAAAGAAAAGCCUUAAAGCCCAAAUGAUGUACAAGUGAUGCGCACUUCCAAAUGAUAAGCCGCAAAGAAUCUACGUUCCCAACACCUAUGUUGUAUCGACAAGUAAAAAGAGAUCUGCUCUACGUUGGGAAGUGAGGCAUGCGUUAGAGAGAGGAAUGCCUGUGCCUUCUACAUAUACUGUGUUGUAAUGAUGACCUUUCACAGGUUCAGCGAUACAAACAAUUAGUUGGACCGUGGUUCUUAACCUUAAAAUUUUCAUUUAUAUAAAUAGGAUUUGUAUUAUGCUGUAAAGAAUGGUCACAGACUCAUUAUACAAUUUUUUUUUUAUCUUAUG